UACCCAUCUAAAGAUAUCAUUUUGGCAUGAAAAUGACUAAUGUUAACAAGCACAACAAAAAAAAUCCUGAAAGAAGUUUUGACUGACAAACAGGUUUAAUCCAGUCAUUAUGCAGAAAAGGAUAUAUUUAAGAAAUAAACGUUAUUUAGUGAACAUGGCGUUAUGAAUAGCAAUUGCUCUGUUGGCAUAUUCCAUGAUGCACGCUAGCGCAUCAUGGAAAAUAUGCCAGCAGAGCAGUUGCUAUUCAUAACGCCAUGUUCACUAAAUAAUCGUUGUUUAUUACUUAUAUUUGCAUUUUACCACUCGCAAAUACCCUGUAUUAGCCUAGACCUUGACAUUUAGCUAUUAUAUCAAAAGUAAACAUUCAGACUGUAAUGUAUCUUUUUAAUUCACAUAGAUUUGUUAACAGAAUCAAUGAUAUGUUAUAACAGUAAUUCCUUUAAAAUGUUAUCAAACACAUGUUUUAAUAUUACAUGUAAAUACGUCAAUUUUAAUGGAGUUGGAGACAUGAUGUAUCGUAUAGUGGUUUAAAUCUAUAACGUCAUGGAAAAGUAUAUAUAACGUUACACCUUUAUGACGUCAUAGUAUACUGACAGAGCAAUUGCGAUUAUAGAGAAAUAAUUGCAGCUCCUCCGUAUGGGCUUACAGUGGGAAAGAACAAUAGAAAUGCAAAUAUAAUGGUAUAAUUUGCAGUCUUUGCUGUAUAUAAUCUUAUCUCAUGGGAUAAAUAAUAUAAAUAUAGAUAUUAUACACAAAAUUAAAAGUCCUUACAAUAUCACAUACAUAUCUUUUACCUAUUUUUAAAACAUUAUCAUGUAAAACUUGAUCACAUGAAAUAAACUUAUAUAUAUUAUAUAAUGUAUUCUUUUAAUAGCUAGAUCAUAUUCCUGUACGUAACUGAUAUCCCUCUGUAAUUGGACCCAUCUUGUUUACCACCCCACUACAAAAGUUGUAAUCUAAGUACAUAUAGCUAAAAAUGCAAGUCGCUAUGUUUAGAGAUUAUAGACAGACAAAAAUGUCACAUGCCCUGUAAAAACUUCCUUCAGAAAUGAACUUAUCCAAUAAAGUACCACCAUGUUUCGGUUAUUUUGUUCCAAGUUCAGCCAAUGCCACUACAGUACCACUACCACAUACACCCUCAUCUCUCAAUCUGUUCCAAGCCCGGGCCAAUCAGAAUGCCAGACAGUGGGUAAAGGUUGGCGCAGUCAGUGUGACAGUAGUCAAUGGAUCACUCACUGAUGAACAGGUGGAUGUGUACGUUAAUGGGGUACCUCCUAACUUUGACCUCAGAAGAACUCCAAGCAAGGAGCUUAGUGAUGCUGCUGGACCAAAUCUGAAGUCAGAGUGUGAGAAAAAGUUUCCGCACGGUGUGAGUGUGGGGGCCAUAGCUGACACAGGGGGGUACAACUUACCCUGCCAGAGAGUAUACCAUGUGACCCUUCCAGACAAUCAGAAAGAUGGCAGCCAAAACCAAACGGUAACUCAAAUUGUCAAAGAUUGCCUCGCAAGAGCAAACUCCCAAGGCUUCAGUUCUAUUGCUGUUCCUGAUCUUGGAUCCACCAUUGGUUACCCAGCAAAGGUCCUUGCCGAUUUACUGUUCAAAGCUGUGGAGGAAUUUAGCAAUGAAAAUGCUGGACCCACACUCAGCCAAGUUGUAUUUUGUGUGUUUAAGUCUUCGAUUUAUUCGGCAUUCGUGAAGAAAGCCAGAAAAAUAUCUAAAACAGGCUCUUCACAGACAAGCCAUUCCAAGGUCGGAAAUAUUGAUGUUUCUUUGGAGAUUGGAAAUCUCCCAGACCAGAAGGUGGACGUGAUAGUAUGCAGUGGACCAGAAAAUCUACAACUUAAGAAUGGAGGAAUGGCAGAGAGCCUGUUACAGGCCGCGGGGCCUGGUCUACAGACAGAGUGUGACCAGAAGUAUCCUCAGGGGAUUCAGUCCGGAGACCUCGCCAUUACCAGGGGUCACAAUCUGCCGUGUCAGUUUGUAUACCAUGGAGCCAUUCCAAAGUGGGGGACUGCUGGUACACCUACACCUAAACAGAUCUUAAAAGACUUUGUGACAGAAUGUCUAGAGGAGGCCAACAAACACAAGAUGACAAAGACCCUGGCUUUCCCCACCCUGGGGACGGGAUCUCUGAACUACCCUCCCAACCAAGUGGCACAAGUGAUGGCCGAGUGCAUCAAGGACUUUGACCAGAGGUAUCCGAAUAAGAAACUCAAAAGGAUUAUCAUUGUUGUAUACAAUCAGGACAAGAAAUGGAAAACAGUGGAACAGGCAUUUAUUUCUGCUCUGAACAUGACAACUGCAACACAGAGUUCUCAGGCAGCUGCAGUGCCACCUGCAGUCAUACAUGUUUCAAAUUCCAAAGGAAAGAUUGGAAAAAUACAGAUAUCUUUUAAAGCUGGAGAACUUUCACAUCAGCAGGUGGAUGUGAUAGUAUGCAGUGGACCGGAAAAUCUACAACUUAAGAAUGGAGGAAUGGCAGAGAGCCUGUUACAGGCUGUGGGGCCUGGUCUACAGACAGAGUGUGACCAGAAGUAUCCUCAGGGGAUUCAGUCCGGAGACCUCGCUAUUUCUGGGGGUCAUAAUCUGCCGUGUCAGUUUGUGUACCACGGAGCCAUUCCAAAGUGGGGGACUGCUGGUACACCUACACCGAAACAGAUCUUAAAAGACUUUGUGACCAAAUGUCUAGAGGAGGCCAACAAGCACAAGAUGACAAAGACCCUGGCUUUCCCCACCCUGGGGACAGGGUCUCUGAACUACCCUCCCGACCAAGUGGCACAAGUAAUGGCUGAGUGCAUCAAGGACUUUGAUCAGAAAUAUCCGCAAACAGAACUUGCUCGCAUCACUAUUGUUGUAUACAACCAAGACAGGAAUAGGAAAACAGUGGAGCAGGCCUUUCUCUCAGCUUUCAAGAUGUCGACCCCAGCAGCAACUCUGCAGAGUCCUAACCCACCAACAGCACAUGCUAACAAGUCACCAGUGAAUUCAAAGCCAUAUUUUGAGAAUCUGUACAAAAUGAAGGCUGUAACUCCAUCCUAUUGGACAGUUUACACUUCCUCCAAUGACUUGGCAACUUGGAAUUCCCGUGUCUCAUCAAAGGACUUUAAACUUGAAGCUUUAAAGUCAAGCUCUCAAACAUAUUCUGCUGUAGAGAAGUUGGCAUUAAAUACUUGGAAGUCCCAGUUUGUGGGUAAAGGCACUGAUGCAGAUGGUUUAGCCCAGUUAAACUAUACAAAGAUACAGAUCACUAAUAUAGAACGUCUUGAAAGUCCUCAUCUUUUUGAGGAGUAUUGGAAGUACAGAGAAAAGAUCUUCCUACGAGCUUCACAGAAGGGGCAAUUCAAGGCACUAGGGCAGAUUCCACAGGCGAAAAGUGGAGAUGUGGCAACUAAACAGAUAGCCGAUCCAUGUCUUCAGGUGGAGAUUUACCCAGGGAUCAAUGAGCAUUAUUUGUUCCAUGGGACUCAACCAAGUCUCAUUACAAAUAUUUUAACUCAGGGAUUAGAUGGGAGGAUAGCAAACAAUCCAUGUUUUGGAAAUGGAGUAUACUGUGCAGAGAGCUCAAGUAAAUCGGAUCAGUAUGCAGAUCCAAAAAAUCAAAGAGAUCUCCAUGAGAAGAAAAUGCUUUUGGUUCGAGCUUGCCUUGGCGAAAUGUUCAUCAGAACUGAUACCACAAACAAACAUCCCUAUACCAGGCCUCCUUGUAAGAGCUGUCACAAUGAUCGGUGCAAGGACCCUACCCAUAGUGCCAUGUUUGAUUCCAUAGUUGUAGAUGGAAGCUGGAACUUUAGAGAAUUUAUUCUGUAUGACAACAAGGCCUGCUAUCCCGAAUAUCUAAUCACUUACAAGAGAAUUUAAAUGAUCUGUAGUGAGAUUUAGUCUGUAGAAUCUUCAUUUUUUGAUGAAUGGAAAUUUAUUUUUUCAAAUCCUGUAUGAAAUGAGGAAAUAGUUGUGUUGAAAUCUCCAUACUAGUUGGUUUCUUUAAAAUUUCGUACACAAUAAAUUCUUUUUAGAGUGCUCAAAUGCACUUUUAAAAGUGUAUAUCAAUCUGUUUAUCAAAUUGACAGCACUGAGUAGUUCAGUUGCUGGAUGUGUCAGCCAAUGAACUGUAUAGUGGAAGUUUCAAAACUUAUUUUAAAGUGUGUCAAAAAUUUAAAACUGUUGAAUUUUAAUGGAUUUAUAGUGAUUCUGAUUGAAAAAGUAGUAAAAAUGAGCCUUAUGAUAUUUAUGUGUUUGUUUUGUCAACUGGUAGAAGCUGUAGCCAUUGAAAGUUUUACAGUCUGUAUCAUUUGCUGAUGGGAUCACUGAUGUUUAGUCACAGGAAGUCUUUGUAUUUUACACAGUCAUGCUUUUGUCCAUGUUUAUUUUAUUGUUUGAUAUAAUAUCACUUUUACAUGUAUAAUAUGUCAUAUUUAAUUCUUUUAAAUUUUAAUGCAAUGUGAUAAAAUUUCACACAAAUACAUAAACUGAACUGUAAGUUUUUUUUAAUAUGAAUUCUAAAUGUUUAUUUUACUUGUAUGUUAUCAAUUAUAUUGAAUAUGUAUGCAAAUACUUCCAUCAUUUUUCUUGAACUGUGAUAUGGCUCAACUAUAUAUCUUCUAUUGUGAUAUAAAAGUAUGCUAUAUGUGAUAACAGUAUCAGUCAUUUUGUUAAUCUGGUUUUCAUUCUGUGAAAUUUACAUGAUUACUUUGUAUAAGAUAUAUCUUGAGUUAAUAAAUAUUUUCCUGGAUAAUUAAGAACUGAUUUGCAUCUGUUGCUCGGUCAACAGGUAGGAGUUGUCUGCUCAAUAUCUUGAAAACCCUUUGUUUAAAAGAAAUCAAAUUUGGUACUCGAUCGGUAUCCUCUUAAAAGUAGAUGCAUGACCCCUACUGAAGUAUAGGUCAUAGAGUUAAAGGUUAAAGUUUAAUGGUCACACUUCUUCGGACAUAAAAAUUUAUCACCCACUUUAUACCUAAAGAACCCUUUGCUUGUACGUACAUGUAUUGCACCCUCUGAAAAAUAGAGGACCGUAAUGUUUUGAGGACACAAUCAUAUAGUCAAAAUUUAAUGAUGAAAAUAUUAUGGACAAAUCACGUAGGCUCAAUAUCUCAAUACCAGGACCAUAAGGUCAAAUUUAAAAAUAUAUGCUCCUUGCAAAUGAAAAUAUUCUCAAUACAGUUUGUGACACGGGAAUAAAACUUGAUACAAGCAUAUUAAUUUUUUGGCAGCAGGCACUUUCCUUUACUUUACAUAUAUAAUAAAUAGUAAUAUCAUGGAUUUGCCCCCUCCACUUUUGUUGGAGAAUGUAAUAAAUGAA